UGUUAUUCUUUUACUCACGUGCUUUCGUGUAUUGUUUAGUGCGCACUACGAUUGUGCCACUACGAAAUCGCAAUUCCGAAUCCGUGGUCAGUUAUUACUUGUUUUCUACUAUUAUAACUUAUCUGUUGUCGACCUGCUUACAAUGGCCAAAAGUAUAAGAAGUAAGUGGCGCCGGAAGAUGAGGGCUAUCAAGCGAAUCAGGUAUGGCGUGAAGGAAUUAGACAGAUUGAAGAAUAUGCUGGUGAACGCCGGAGAAAUAGAAGUCAAGGAAGGCGGUGAAAUUGAACAUGUCUGUUUAGUCAAAGCUAAAAAUGAAGAAGCUGAAAAAAUUCAACAAGAAAAGGAAGAAAAAUCCAAAGUGGACAAAACUACAGAAUCUUUAAAGGAAACUUCUAAAAAAGUUAAACAUCCAACUUGGCUAAGAAAAAAAGAAUACAAAAAAUACAUAAGAAGCUAUAGAAAACAACAAUCAAUCAAUGCUAAAAGAAUAAAGGGAACAAUUAAAAAAAAAAAGUAAAGCUG